GGUGGUCAACAGUAGAGGAAAAGGUUUCUUUUCCGGUGCAUAUAGAGGUCAUCCUCCAGGUUGAAGAUGGCGGCGCCCGAUGAGUUGUUUUGCUGGGAAGGAGACUGGGGUUUACCGUCCGUCAGUACCGACUGUCUCGUGGUUCUGGCCUACGCUCAGUUUGCUGGAGCUCCUCUGAAACUUCGGAAGAUCUGCAACCCCUGGAGGAGUCCGAGCGGUUCUCUUCCUGCUCUGAAGACGAAUCAGAAAGAGACUCUGUCGCGACCGGCUGACAUCAUCAUCCACCUCAGAAAACAGAAAUUCAAUGCAGACUAUGACCUGUCGGCCAAGGAGGGAGCUGACAGCCUGGCCUUCAUCUCCCUAAUGGAGGAGAAGCUCACUCCUGCUCUGGUGACACGAUUUGUUCUUGUUAAACAUGAAGUGAUUUUCCUGAAGCUGCUCCUGAUUCUCCGGUUUGAACUCCUGCAGAUCUAUACCUUCUGGGUUGAGCCCAAAAACUACGUAGAUGUCACUCGCCGCUGGUACGCCGAGCACAUGACGUUCCCUCUGAACUUCUUCCUGCCUGGACGGAUGCAAAGCAGACAGCUGGAGAAACUCCGACUGCUGAGAGGAGACGAGAGCCUGGAGGCCGGAGAGGAGCUGGAGAAGGAGUUGUACUGUGAUGCUGCAGAGUGCAUGAACCUGCUGUCCCAACGACUCGGCUCACAGAAGUUUUUCUUUGGAGACUCACCUUCGUCUCUUGACGCCUACGUGUUCGGUCACCUGGCUCCCAUCCUGAAGUGUAAACUUCCCAACGGGAAGCUGCAGCAACACCUGAAGUCUCUCGACAACCUGACCAACUUCUGCUCCGACAUCCUGCUGCUUUACUUCCCCAGAGAUGGCCGAGAAAGCUCUGGUCCGAAGGCACCCCCCCAGCCGGAUGGUGGAGACUUCGACAACGUUCCCAACAAACGCAGGAAGCAGCUGCUGUCGGCUCUGGUGGCUCUGGGCGCCAUGCUGAGCUACGCCCUUCUGACCGGCAUGGUGUCCAUCCUGCAUGUCCAACAGGGGGCGCUGGAGGAGCCGCCAGACCUGGAGCCCAUCGAAUCUCACCAGCACGAGGAGCAAGGAGGCAGCUGAAGAUAAAUGGGACAUUACAAGACAGUUUUAGAUGGAUCUCCCUAAAGGAGGCUCUGGGAACGGUGUUUGUGUGAAGCCUGUAAAAUAAUUUAUGAACCCUGAGGAUCUGCCUAGCAGACAGGAAGUGGAUUCAGCAUCAGCUGUUAUUAAAACAAGUGGAGUCA